UUCUUUGGUUUCUUCUGUGUGUUCAUGGUCGUACACAGAAGCUGAAGAUAAGUUAGAAAUAAGAUUUUUUUUCAGGUGUUCGCAUUUUGAAUUUGAACGCCAUGUCAUACAACUACGUUGUAACGGCGCAGAAACCCACGGCAGUCAAUGCUUGCAUAACUGGGCAUUUCACCUCUGCGGAGGACCUGAAUCUGCUUAUAGCAAAGAACACACGACUGGAGAUCUAUGUGGUCACUGCAGAGGGACUGCGACCUGUUAAAGAGGUUGGAAUGUAUGGAAAGAUUGCCGUUAUGGAGUUAUUCAGGCCUAAGGGGGAGAGUAAAGACCUACUGUUCAUUUUGACUGCUAAAUAUAAUGCCUGCAUCCUGGAGUACAAGCAGAAUGGAGAUAGCAUUGACAUCAUCACUCGUGCACAUGGCAAUGUCCAGGACCGGAUUGGGCGUCCAUCAGAGACUGGCAUUAUUGGCAUUGUGGAUCCUGAGUGUCGUAUGAUUGGUUUGCGGUUGUAUGAUGGUCUCUUUAAAGUCAUCCCAUUGGAUCGUGAUAACCGUGAACUUAAGGCCUUUAACAUUCGAUUAGAGGAGCUGCAGGUUAUAGAUGUGCACUUCCUUUAUGGCUGCCAGGCCCCCACUGUCUGUUUUAUAUACCAGGAUCCUCAGGGCCGGCAUGUGAAGACUUAUGAGGUCUCUUUGAAAGAGAAGGAGUUCAACAAGGGCCCUUGGAAGCAGGAGAAUGUGGAAGCAGAGGCCUCUAUGGUCAUUCCAGUUCCUGAGCCAUUUGGUGGCGCUAUUAUUAUUGGCCAAGAGUCCAUUACCUAUCACAAUGGAGACAAAUACCUGGCAAUUGCCCCUCCAACAAUCAAGCAAAGCACAAUCGUUUGUCACAACCGUGUGGACCCAAAUGGUUCUCGCUAUCUACUGGGUGACAUGGAUGGAAGGCUCUUCAUGUUGCUGUUGGAGAAAGAGGAGUUGAUGGAUGGGUCCAUGGUGCUUAAAGACCUGCGAGUGGAACUACUGGGAGAGACCUCCAUUGCUGAGUGUCUUACAUACUUGGAUAAUGGAGUGGUAUUUGUAGGUUCUAGGCUUGGAGAUUCUCAACUGGUGAAGUUGAACGUGGACAGUAAUGAGCAGGGGUCAUAUGUAGCAGUCAUGGAGACAUUCACUAACCUUGGUCCCAUAGUGGAUAUGUGUGUAGUAGAUCUAGAGAGACAAGGGCAAGGCCAGCUGGUCACUUGCUCUGGGGCAUUUAAGGAGGGCUCUCUUAGAAUCAUCCGUAAUGGCAUUGGAAUCCAUGAGCACGCCAGUAUCGACCUGCCUGGCAUCAAAGGGUUAUGGCCUCUUCGUUCAGAGGCAGGCAGAGAGAACGAUGACAUGCUGGUGCUUUCAUUUGUUGGCCAGACCAGGGUUCUGAUGCUGAGUGGAGAGGAGGUGGAGGAGACAGAGCUUCCAGGCUUUGUGGAUAACCAGCAGACAUUCUUUUGCGGAAACGUCGCUCACCAACAACUAAUUCAGAUCACUUCGGGUUCAGUGCGCCUGGUCACUCAGGACAACAAGACUCUGGUCAGUGAGUGGAAGGAGCCUCAGGGGAGGAACAUUAGCGUGGCUGCAUGCAACUCCACCCAGGUGGUACUGGCUGUGGGCCGAGUGCUCUACUACUUGCAGAUCCUCGGUGGGGAGCUCAAACAGAUCAGCUCUACAGAGAUGGAGCAUGAGGUGGCCUGCCUGGACAUCACCCCACUGGGAGAGAGUGGCAGCGAGUCCAGCCUGUGUGCCGUGGGCCUGUGGACUGACAUCUCGGCUCGAGUACUGCGUCUACCCUGCUUCAGUCCCCUGCAUAAGGAGAUGCUAGGAGGAGAGAUCAUUCCACGGUCCAUCCUCAUGACCACAUUUGAGGGGAGUCACUACUUGCUGUGUGCUCUGGGAGACGGGGCACUCUUCUACUUUGGCCUGGAUCUCCAAACAGGUGUUCUGAGCGAACGGAAGAAGGUGACCCUGGGCACCCAGCCUACCGUGCUGCGCACAUUCCGCUCCCUCUCCACCUCCAACGUGUUUGCCUGCUCAGACAGACCCACCGUCAUCUACUCCAGCAACCACAAGCUGGUCUUUUCCAAUGUCAACCUCAAGGAGGUCAACUACAUGUGCCCGCUCAACUCGGAGGGCUACCCCGACAGCUUGGCUCUGGCCAAUAACAGCACUUUGACCAUUGGCACCAUCGAUGAGAUACAAAAACUUCACAUUCGCACGGUGCCUCUUUAUGAAUCACCCAAGAGGAUCUGCUAUCAGGAGGUGUCGGAGUGCUUUGGAGUCCUGUCUAGCAGAGUGGAGAUGCAGGACUCCAGCGGCACCACGGCCCCUGUGCGCCCUAGCGCCAGCACUCAGGCCCUGUCGAGCAGCAUUAGCUCUAGCAAGCUGUUCCCCAGCAGCACCUCCCCCCACGAGACCUCCUUUGGUGAGGAGGUGGAGGUGCACAGCCUGCUGGUGGUUGACCAGAACACAUUCGAAGUGCUCCAUGCCCACCAGUUCCUGCCGAGUGAGUACGCUCUGAGCCUCGUCUCCUGCAAGCUGGGCAAAGAUCCCACGGUCUACUUUAUUGUGGGCACUGCCAUGGUCUACCCUGAGGAAGCGGAACCUAAACAGGGCCGCAUUAUUGUCUUCCACUACACAGACAGUAAACUCCAGACGGUUGCUGAAAAGGAGGUCAAAGGGGCUGUGUACUCUAUGGUGGAAUUCAAUGGUAAAUUAUUGGCGAGCAUCAACAGCACUGUGCGCCUGUACGAAUGGACCGCAGAGAAAGAACUGAGGACAGAGUGCAACCAUUAUAACAAUAUAAUGGCUCUGUAUCUCAAGACCAAAGGGGACUUCAUCCUUGUAGGAGACCUAAUGAGGUCUGUACUGCUCCUGAUGUACAAACCCAUGGAGGGCAACUUUGAAGAGAUUGCUCGGGACUUCAAUCCUAACUGGAUGAGUGCCGUGGAGAUUUUGGACGAUGAUAACUUCCUUGGAGCGGAGAAUGCGUUUAACCUUUUUGUCUGUCAAAAAGACAGUGCUGCUACCACUGAUGAGGAGAGACAGCAUUUGCAAGAGGUGGGAGUAUUUCACUUAGGCGAGUUCGUAAAUGUCUUCUGUCACGGUUCCCUGGUGCUCCAGAACCUUGGUGAGAGUUCCACACCUACCCAAGGCUCUGUGCUCUUUGGCACAGUCAAUGGGAUGAUUGGAUUGGUGACAUCUCUGUCAGAGGGCUGGUACAGCUUACUCAUGGACUUGCAGAAUAGGCUCAACAAGGUCAUUAAGAGCGUGGGCAAGAUCGAGCACAGCUUCUGGAGGUCCUUUAAUACGGAGCGCAAGACUGAGCAGGCUACGGGCUUCAUCGACGGAGACCUCAUCGAGAGCUUCUUAGACCUGGGCCGUGCAAAAAUGCAAGAGGUGGUGAGCACGCUACAGAUAGAUGACGGCAGUGGGAUGAAGCGCGAGGCUACAGUGGAUGAAGUGAUUAAGAUUGUUGAGGAGCUCACCAGGAUCCACUAAUCCUGCUGCCCCAAAUGCUCUGUACAUAGAUUUAAAUACACUGUGUGUGUGUGUGUGUGUGCGUGUGUGCAUGUGUGUGUGUGUGCGUGCAUGCAUGCACGCGCGCAUGAGUGAGAGUGUGUGUUUUUGUGGGGGGGUUUUUUUUUCUUCUCAUGUUUCACUCCUUAAGGCUAACCUACAGCUUCCUUCUCUACAGAGCCUCCUGCGCCAUAAUAAGUCCAUGCACGCAUGCGCACAUGCUCUCAUACAAACCAAGCAGAUGUAUGCAGGAGUAUGCUCUUUGGAGUCUGGGAGUGCGACUGUACGUGUGUAAUUUAAUUUUUUUUUUCUUUGUGAGGUUGGUGUGUGUGUGUGUGUGUGUGUGUGUGUGUGUGUGAGAGAGAGAGGCUGGAGGACUGAACAGUGAGUUCUGUUCUGGUGCACUUGCUGCAUUGGUAGGAAAAUGUCUAGGUGUUCUCACAAGCUUUCUCACGGGGAGGAGGGCGGGGUGGGACAUUAAAAUCAGUAGACUUGUAUUAGUGACACAUCUUGUCAAUGUGAUGUUUUCCCUUUUUUUUUUUUUUCUUUUAAUAAAGCUUGCCUCAGUA